AGUGAAGAUUUAACUGGAACAGUAGCUAAACAUUACAAUGAACUACAAGAAGCUGGCAGACAAUCUAGAGCAUUAAGUCGGAUUUAUCAUAUGCGAAAUUUUAAUAAUUGGACCAAAAGUAUAUUGAUUGGUGAUACAUUAGAUAAAAUACGAGGAACAGACAGAAAUAAAAAGAUAGUAGUAUUAGAUUUAUGUUCAGGUAAAGGUGGAGAUUUAUUAAAAUGGAAGAAAGGUGGAAUUGAUCAGUUGGUGUGUGCAGAUAUUGCGGCUACAUCAGUAGAACAGUGUGAAACGAGAUUUAAAGAGAUGAGUGAAAGAUCACGAAAUGAAAGAUAUGGUCCCAGAUUAUAUGAAGCUGAGUUUAUAGCUGCAGAUUGUACUAAGGAAGAGUUAACAGAGAGAUACAAAGAUCCGAACUUACAGUUUGAUUUGACCAGUUGUCAGUUUUCAUUCCAUUAUUCAUUUGAAAGUGAACAACAAGCUGAUAUGAUGUUACAGAAUGCUUGUUCUAGAUUAAAACCUGGUGGAUAUUUUAUAGGUACUACUCCUAAUUCAAAUGAACUUGUGAAAAGAUUACGAGCCAGUGAUGAUAACAGUUUCGGUAAUGAUGUAUACAGAGUUACAUUCCCUGAUUCAGACAAGAGUUCCUUCCCUUUAUUUGGUGCCAAAUAUGACUUUCAUUUAGAAGGUGUGGUUGACUGUCCCGAAUUUCUGGUUUAUUUCCCAUUAUUAGAAAAAAUGGCAGAAAAAUAUGAUAUGAAACUUGUUGAGAAAAAACCAUUCGCUGAUUUCUAUUUAGAGAAAGCUCAGAGAGGAGAUGCCAAAAGGUUACUAAAUAAAAUGAGUGCAUUAGAGACAUACCCUACUAAUGAUGAAUUGGUUGGAACAGAUCCAGAUGAUUACACUCAUGCCAAACAAUUUAUGUCUACAUUAGAAUCUCAACCUGAUGAUAGAGGUAACAGUAGCAGACGGUCAGGAAAAAUAGGAACAUUGUCUAAAGCAGAAUGGGAGGCAAUAAGUAAGUACUGA